AUGCAACCUUCUCCCAAUAGUAUAUAUCAAACUAAUAAUAAUGGAUCAACAGGAUCUACGAAGUGGCCUGAACAACCUGGUGCCAUUGUUACGUCGUUACCAACGCAAUAUGAGGAAUUAAGAACACCUUCUCCAUCUAUCAAGAGUAAGAAAUGGACUGAUAAAUUACAAAAAUUUCAAAGAAAUAGUGGGAAAAGAAAGAAGGCAGCAACAUCAUCAUCGCCUGCUUCAUCUCAUAUCUCUAAUCCACCUGCUUUGAUACAUUCAUCUUCCACAUCGUCUUUGUCGCCGUUAAGGUCCGGUUUCAUUACUCCCUCCAACCAACAACAACAGCAUCAUCCAUUCAGAACAACCUCUUUACCUAGACCAACUUCAAAUCUAUUCACUCCAAAACAUAGAAAUAUAUCAUCUUCGUCUUCAACGAGUACAGUAAGACACAUAACUCCUCCGAGGAUUGUUCCAUUUGGGUAUCCUAAACCACUCACUUCUGCAAAGAAAUCAUUCUUAAACGAAUCAUGUACUCUUUGUGAUGAGGCAAUAUCAAAUAGAAGUAAUGGAGAAAGAAUCAUAGAAUUAGAAUGUAGUCAUUUGAGUCAUCAAGAAUGUCUUAUCAUUUCAUUCCAGGAUCCGGUUAAUAAUGAGAUGCAAGAUUUUUAUUCAAUGUUCCCACAAUGUGAAAAAUGUUUUCUAGAGAAAGGUAAAUCAAUUAGAUGUAUCCCUAAAAUUGAUGAACUCAAAGAUAGAAUGAUUUCCGACUUUCUAAUAAAUCAAGGUACGCAACUGCCCCAACAGCAACUUCAAGGUUCAUCGUUACCACCUUCACCGACUAUCAAAACUCAACCACAGGGGAUGUCAAUAUUAUCUCCCCUACUAUCUCCUUUACCUCUACAAAAUAUUCAAAGCCAAACAUUACAUCAUCAAACACCACAUUCACCUAAUCAAAUUAUCAAUUUCCCAUUAGCAGAACCACCAAUUAGUAGACCAUCAAGAUUGCAAUCAUCAACCGGUUCAAACACUAUCACAAGUCGUAAUAACAAGAGUCAGUCGUUCUUCAGGCCUAGACCUACCAAUAGAUAUUCUCGUCCAAGUUCAAUAUUUGCUACAUCAUCAGUAGUAUCGUCAGUUAAUGAUACUCACUCGAUGUCGUUAGCUAGACAAUCAAGCCUACCGGAAGCAGAAGAAAAUAGAGUCCCACUACCCAUCGCAAGAUCAUACUUUAUUCAAGUUCUAUUGGGUUCUUUUGAAGGUCAAUUGAAAGGUUGGGAAAUUGAUGCAAAUUAUGGGCUAUUGAGAUUAGUCGAUCAAUUAAUGGUAUCGAAAAAUGGCACAGAUUAUGACUUGACGUGGUGUUUCUUAUUUGAAAACGCAUUACUAUUAGCUAGAGUGGAUUCCACUAUGCCAGAGACCGAUAAGGCAGAGACUAGUUUUCUUGGGACCAAACUAAAGGAUCUGGAAAUUUACAAACCACUUUCUGACAUAAAGAUUGAUACUGUUAAAUCAUCAGUUUUGAAAUGUACCACUACAACGACUUCUGGGAACCAAAUGAUUGAGAAAAAUAUCUAUUUGACUGAAGCAUUGAAUACCGAUACAAGUAAAGUUAUCCAAAAAUGGAUUUCUGCAUUAUUAGAUUAUGAUUUAGCAUUUAAAGAAGUUGCAUUCACUUCAACAUUGCCAUUACCUCUUGUAAUCAAAAAAUUCUCAGAACACGAUAAUAUCGAUGAUAUUGAAGAUAAUUAUACAGAUUCCGCCAUCAGUAACUAUAAUAACAAUGAAGGCACAUUCGCAGGUUUGAUUGCUCCAAAUAAAGUUAUAGAAGUCGUAACAACAGAUCACGCACAUGAUAGCGUCAUUAUAAGAAGAGGAUUUUCAUUACCAGAAAACCAAAUUGGUCAAAAUAAUAGAGAUACCAUCACAACAGUAUUAACAACAAUUAGCUCAAUUUUGUCUUUGAAACGUGAAAGACCAGAUGAUAUAAUAAUUGUCUUGCAACUGGAUCUCAACAAACUGAAGCUGGGAAAUAAUUCCACUACUCUUUAUAACUCCUUAACUGCGUUGAAUAUGAAAUUCCCAAAUUUCAAAAUCUGUAUAGUAGAUUCUAAUAGCAAUGUGCUGGCAUAUGGGGAUGUUAUGAAGGCGGUUAUCAAUGCAGCAGAUAUAUUAAAAUGUGAACACAAGAAUGCUGGAAAUCAGAAUUUCACACCAGAAUGGUUAAAAAAUGUAUUUUAUCCAAAUUGCAUGGAUCAAAAUAUCGGGAUUAUUGUGAUAUCAAAUACUGUUAUGGAAUUGGAUAAAUCAUGUCUUUUCAUGGAUUAUAAACCAUUUACUUGCUUAGGGAGAAGAAGACCUAAUGAAUUGAAAAUUAAAGUGGGUUAUUUGAACGUAGAUUAUAGUGAUGAGAUAAAUGAAUUGGUAGAAAUUGAAUCAUGGAAUUAUUUGUUAGAGACCUUAUGUUAUAGUAUGAGUUUGAAUUUUGAUGAUGAAGAUGACGAAAAUGACGAUGACUCAGAUUCAUUCAGUAAUUCUGAUGUCGAAUCCACGGCUACCAUACACAUUGACACACCCUUUGUUAAUGAGAAGAGAAGUAUAUCAAGUUCUGUCUAUGAUACAACUGAGAGUAUUAACUCUAAUCAUGAUAGUACGGAACUCCGAAACGAAGAUGCAUCUUCACCACAAGAAACGUCCAGCUUGAAAAGUGUUUUGAAGGAAACUCCUAAAGAAAAUCUGGAAGAAUCAAAGAUUUGGGACCCACUACUAAAUGAUAUUGAAAGAGUGAUCGAGGAGAUUAAUCAAGGUAGUAAACUACCUAAAGCAUCUGUAAAUAAUGAAAGGGACCAUUCCUUCUAUGAAUAUCUAUAA